UUUACAUUAAGCUCGCAGUAAGCAACACAAUAAAAAGAAACGAAAAAAAAACAAAUACAACAUAAAUUAACUAAACUCAAUUAGCAGCGCUUUCCACUGCCGUAUUCUCUUUUCUUUCCCAUUCUCAUUUUGUUGACUGUGCCAAAGGAACAGAGCAAGCAUUCUCCUUCUUCCACACCCCCCACCUCCCUCUUCCCUCGAUAAACUCAUGGAUCGGGAGGCAGUCGAAGAAGCAGCGAUACGCAUCCAAUUGCCCGAGGUCGGUGUGGCGAAUGUUGUUCAUUUGCCGGCUGCCGCCGAUGGCGGCGAUGCCGAUGCCGAGGCCUGGGAGCGACAAUUGGACGCAGCGCAGUUGCAGGCGAUGCGGCAAGAGAAUCCGCAGGUGGCAAUGCUCUUGGAUGCACCGCACGAGCCGCCAAUCGAAUUACACCACAUGCUAGAGACGGUGAACGUACCUCAACGACCGCGCAAGAAACGCAGCUUCUGGACCAUCUGCAAGCCGUUUCCUAUGCAGCCGGAGAGGUGCGCUCCCAUUGUGAAUGGCUGGCGGGCGGUGCAGCUUGUGCCGCACGAGCAGCGCAGCGAAUACUUUGCCAACUAUCUGCUGGAGCAUCUCAACUCGAGUAACUAUCCCAAUGGCCAGGGAUUGCCGCCGCAUCACUGGGGUCAGCUCUAGACAAUGAACUUUGUGCGCAAAACCGAUUGAAUAAUUAAUAAAUCGAAAC